AUGGCCGACGGACUGCAGAUGGGCAACCUGUCCCUCCAGGACUCCCAGCACGCUCCCCAGGCUAACGGCCCCCUGGCCGUGCCGCCUACAUCCCUCCUCACCUUCGCGGGCGCAACGUCGCCAGCGUGGAGAGUGCUGCUCCCCCUCCCGGCCCUGGUUUCGGUGGCCCUCGGCAUCCCGCUAACCUCAAACUGUCUCACUAGUAACGGCCCUCCUCGUGGUGGCAACUGGGCGAACGCCAACGCCCCCGACUUCAGCCCUCGCGGCCCUGCCAACGGUAAUCCCAGCUGGAACCCAGACGGAAACAUCCGGCCAUUCGAUCCCCAUGCUUACGGAUACCCAGGUUCUUACAGUGGUGGUGCUGGUGGUGGUAGUGGUGGUAGCUACGGUGGCAGCGGCGCUAACGCCCGUGGCUCUGGAGAUGGCCAGUGGCGCGACGGCAAGCACAUCCCUGGUCCCGCCAACCCUCGCGUGGAGCGUGAGCUUUUCGGUCUCGGCCAGGAUGACCCCUCCAAGCAGCACACCGGCAUCAACUUCUCCAACUAUGACGAUAUCCCAGUUGAGGCCUCCGGAGAGGGUGUCCCUGAACCCGUCAACACUUUCACUAACCCCCCUCUUGACGACCACCUCAUCGCCAACAUCAAGCUUGCCAGCUAUGUUGUUCCUACCCCUGUUCAGAAGUAUUCUAUCCCCAUUGUCAUGGGCGGCCGCGACCUGAUGGCUUGCGCUCAGACCGGUUCCGGAAAGACCGGCGGUUUCCUUUUCCCCAUUCUCUCCCAGGCUUUCCAGAACGGCCCUUCUGCUGCUCCCCAGCAGGCCUCCGGUGGUCAAUUCUACGGCCGCCAGCGCAAGGCCUACCCUACCUCGCUCAUUCUCGCUCCUACUCGUGAGCUGGUCUCUCAGAUCUUCGACGAGGCCCGCAAGUUCGCCUACCGCUCUUGGGUCCGCCCUUGUGUUGUGUACGGUGGUGCCGACAUUGGCUCCCAGCUGCGUCAGAUCGAGCGUGGCUGCGAUCUGCUCGUCGCUACCCCCGGUCGUCUGGUCGAUCUGAUUGAGCGUGGCCGUAUCUCCCUCAUCAACAUCAAGUACCUGGUCCUGGACGAGGCUGAUCGCAUGCUGGACAUGGGUUUCGAGCCCCAGAUUCGCCGCAUCGUUGAGGGUGAGGAUAUGCCCCGGGUCGAGGACCGUCAGACCCUCAUGUUCUCGGCCACCUUCCCCCGCGAUAUCCAGAUGCUGGCUCGCGACUUCCUGAAGGACUAUGUUUUCCUGUCGGUUGGUCGCGUUGGUUCCACCUCCGAGAACAUCACCCAGAAGGUUGAGUACGUCGAGGACCAGGACAAGCGCUCCGUCCUGCUGGACAUUCUCCACACCCACGGCACUACCGGCCUGACUCUCAUCUUCGUCGAGACCAAGCGCAUGGCCGACUCGCUGUCCGACUUCCUGAUCAACCAGCGCUUCCCUGCCACCGCUAUCCAUGGUGACCGCACUCAGCGUGAGCGUGAGCGUGCCCUGGAAAUGUUCCGUAACGGCCGCUGCCCCAUUCUGGUUGCUACCGCGGUUGCUGCUCGUGGCCUCGAUAUCCCCAACGUCACCCACGUUAUCAACUACGAUCUGCCUACCGACAUUGACGACUACGUCCACCGUAUCGGUCGUACCGGUCGUGCCGGUAACACUGGUAUUGCCACUGCUUUCUUCAACCGUGGCAACCGUGGUGUCGUCCGUGACAUGAUCGACCUUCUGAAGGAGGCCCACCAGGAGGUUCCUUCCUUCCUGGAGAGCAUUGCUCGUGAGGGAAGUGGCUACAGUGGCCGCGGCGGCCGCGGCGGCCGCGGCGGCCGUGGUUCUAACGCUACCCGUGACGUGCGUCGCGUCGGCGGUGGCAUGGGUGGUGCUACCCAGUCGUCUUUUGGCGGUAGCGCCUAUGGCGGUGCUCCCUCCUACGGCGGUUCCGGCGGCAGCUACGGCGGCAGCGGCGGCGCUGCUCCUUCCUACGGUGGCUCCGGCGGCGGUGCCGGCUACGGUGGCGGCAGCUACGGUGGUGGUAGUUACGGCAACCCCUCCGGUUCUACCGGCCCCUCGUCUUGGUGGUAA